AAAAUAACAAGUACAAAAGAAAGCAAAACAAAACAGAGCAGAAACUUUUCAGUCUCACGCUUGUAGCUGGCCAGAUUUGCACCUGACCAGCUUCUCCCACUUUUCAGUAUUGGUCCACUUUCUCGGUCAUGUGUUCAAAUAAAUAAAACUGAAACAAAAAUCAUAAUGCGCUCUCGGUGUGAGCUCCCAGUCUCGGCCCCAAACUGUGGAGAGCAGCACACCUUUAAGCACCUGGGCUGGUUAGCUAACGUAGCCCAGGUGCGUGUGCUCUCUCCGCCAGCCAAUCUGCCUCUCCAGCGGAUUGAAUGCUGAAGUGUGUGUGAGAACAGACAACACAGACGAGGUGGGAUCAAGUCAAAAAGAGAACGCAGCGGCUCUUUACGGCCCAGUAACAUGGCACAGCAUUAACCCAUAGACCGUAUGCAUUAACCAGAACAUAACAUUUCCUGCCUUUUUACGUAAGCUAACCAGGACGCUCUUAAAGGUAACGUACUUGUGUCAGUCAGUUACAGUGAAUUAUGUGACACCGUAAAACAUUACUAGGUGUGGCUGUUCACCACAUACGUCCCCCCAGAAUUCACAAAAACCGGCAUAGCCAACUUGUCGGGGGGUUUGAUCACCCGACCACAACGGCUCCGGUUCGCUCGGGCCGGGGGUGGAGACGGCGUGUGGGCCUCUCCUGUGCCUCCGGCACUCUCACGUAGCCCCGCAGCUAUUGUUUCCUGGUUCUUGCAUCGAGGUGUGUCUGGCUGAAAAGUGAAAGUAAAGAAAAAUCUACAGUUGCUUCUGAAGGAGACAGCCUGUGACUCAUUUUGUGAAAUGGCAGCUAAAGCUUCAUUUUUGGAAGAGGAGUUAUGUUGUUCUGUGUGCUGUGAGAUUUUCAAGGAUCCUGUCGUCUUGGAGUGCAGUCACAGUUUCUGUAGAGUCUGUUUGCAGCAGUGCUGGGGGGAGAACAGUCCUCGGGAGUGUCCCAUCUGCAGGAGCAAGGCCUCUACAGGCCACCCUCCCAUUAACCUGGCUUUAAAAAACAUCGUGGAGUCCUAUUUAAAGCAGAAGACCGAGUGUGAGGCUGCAGAGACAAGUGAAGACCAGUGCCCUCUUCACAAAAAGGAACUUCUGUUCUUCUGUGAGGAUGAUUUGCAGCCUCUCUGUAUUGUGUGUCAGACUUCAAAAAAACACAGAAAUCACCAGAUCUGUCCUAUGGAAGAGGCUGUUCCAGAUCUGAAGGAUGGACUCAUGACAGCAUUAAUUCCUAUUAAAGAAAAGUUAGAGAUGUACACUGAAGUUACACAAGAGUGUGAAAAAACCAUAAAACAUAUCAGGAAUCAAGCCCAGCACACAGAGAAUCAGAUAAAGGCAGAUUUUGAGAAGCUUCACCAAUUUCUACAAGAGGAAGAAGCGACCAGACUAGCUGCACUGAGGGAGGAAGAGGAGCAGAAGUGUCAGCUGAUGAAGGAUAAGAUAGAGAACUUCACACAAGUUAUUACCACCCUUUCAGACAAAAUCAAGGCUAUUGACAAAAUCAUAGAGGGUGAAGAUCCUUUCUUCUUAAAGACCUAUAAGGAUGCUAAGAGAAGAGCCCAGUGCACACUGCAGGAUCCAGAGCUGCUCUCAGGGUCACUGAUAGAUGUGGCCAAACACCUGGGAAACCUGAAGUUCAGAGUCUGGGAGAAGAUGCUGGAGAUGGUGCAGUACACCCCUGUGAUUCUGGACCCCAAUACUAUGUGCCCCCGGGUCUGUCUGUCAGAUGAUCUGACUUGUGUGAGGCUCUCUGAAGUUAAACAGCAGAUUCCUGAAAACCCAGAGAGGUUUUCCUGUGGCGUAAGGGUAUUGGGCUCAGAGGGUUUUACUUCAGGGAAACACAGCUGGGAGGUGGAGGUUGGGGAAAAACCUACCUGGACUAUAGGAGUGGUGAGAGAGUCCAUCAACAGAAAGGAGGUCAGUGCAUGCAGCCCAGAGAGUGGAUUUUGGGUCAUAAUGCAGAAGAACGGUGAGCAUUACAGAGCAGCUGGAGUUGCUGCUAACCUCAAACUGAAGAGGAAGCCCCAGAGGAUCAGAGUGGAGCUGGACUAUGACAGGGGGAAGGUGUCCUUCUUUGACCCCAGUGACAUGUCACACAUUUACACUUUUAAAGGCACAUUCACUGAAAAAAUCUUCCCAUUCAUCAGUCCCUGCCUAAAUGAUGAGUGCAGAAAUGCUGGGGCCCUGCAGAUCUGCCCAUUGUCUGUAAAAGUAAUGAAAUCCCAGUAAGUGUGUCAUUAAUAAUGAUGUCACCUCAGUGAGCGUAUCAUUAAUAGUGAUGUCAUCACUGUAAGUGUAUAAUUAUUAGUGAUGUCAUCCCAGUGAGUGUCUCAUCUCAGUGAAGGUGCCUGUAACUGAUGUGACCUAUACUAUUAAAACUGUUGAAGUGGAUUGGA